GGAGCCGCCGCCGGCACGUCCCCGUCCGGCACUUUCGAAUUUGACGUCGUAAUCGACUCGGACAAGCUCGAUCUGCUUUCAGUCUCAGCAGUGCCCACUUUUCAUCGGUUGUAUCUACUGCAGCUACUCCGACGGAAAGUAUGAAGACGUUCGCCGCGCUCGUGUGCGCCGCCGUGGCCGUGUCGGCCGCUUCGGCGCUUGAGGACCUGCCGGUGUCGCUGUGCCGCGACGCCACCUACAACUCGCCCGCCUCGCGCGGUGCCAUGUGCUCCGGUGCCGGUGCGGCGCCGGCCGGCACGGCUUGCCCGCUCAAGGGCGAUGUGGCUAUCGCAGACUGCUACGACUACCUGCCGUCAUGGAACGGUAGCACCUGCGUGGCGCCUGAAGACGCCGAGUGCACCAUUGUUAACGGGGAUACCUGGGGAUGCGUGCUCCCGUCCGUCGGCUGCGGCACAGCCACCACUCCGUGCCCGGUGACGGCUCUGCCGGAUACGCCGUGCCCGGUGACUUCACUACCGGACACUCCAUGCCCUGUGACGGCGCUACCGGAUACGCCGUGCCCGGUGACUUCGUUGCCGGACACCCCGUGUCCCGUGACGUCUCUGCCUGAUACACCGUGCCCGGUCACCUCGCUGCCUGACACCCCGUGCCCGAUCACCUCGCUACCUGACACCCCGUGCCCGGUCACCUCGCUGCCUGACACCCCGUGCCCGGUCACCUCGCUGCCUGACACCCCGUGCCCGGUCACCUCGCUGCCCGACACUCCGUGCCCAGUGACCUCUCUGCCGGACACGCCGUGCCCAGUGACGUCGUUGCCUGACACCCCAUGCCCGGUAACCUCGAAGCCGGACACGGAGACUACUCCAUGCCCUGUUACCUCGAAGCCGGACACGGAGACUACCCCGUGCCCUGUAACUUCAAAGCCGGACACGACCGUGACUCCUUGCCCUGUGACAUCGCUACCGGACACCGAUGCGCCGACGUCGACACCGUGCCCGGUGACUUCGCUGCCGGAGACGACGGCUCCGACUCCUGCUGCGACUACGCCUUGCCCUAUCUACAUCGCCAACGGAUGCCACCCGUAUCCAGCAGUCGAUGAGGACGGCAACACCAGUGGCGGCUUGAAGCCGACGGGCAGUCAGAGUUCAGGCUGCACUGGUUCCAGUCUUGGUAGUCAAAUCUACGGGCGUGCUGUCGAGUACGAAGGCGUGUACGGCUUCAUGUACUCGUGGUACAUGCCAAAGGACGAAACUCUACCUGGUCUCGGUCACCGUCACGACUGGGAGGCGUGCGUUGUCUGGAUCGACUCGUUAGAUGAUUCUACCAUUGUCGCGCUCUCGGCGUCCUACCAUUAUUAUGCGUAUUAUGCGUAUGGUAUGCAACACAUGCUAGCGACGUUGAAGUUUGAUUUUAUAACUUCAAAAGAAAUGUUACGGCAUAAACUUCGAAGUACUAAACCUUGUGUAUUUCAAGUUGAGCUGAAUGUGUGA